AUGGAGCAUACAACCGAUGACGAGAGGGGUUCAAGCGAACCCUCAGCAGCGCAACCGGCGCCUGCCGUUGAUAAUAACAAUAAUCACGACGACAACAAGACCAGCAGGCGCAAUGUGAGCGAACCGAGUAAUGACGACACUACUGGAUCGUCAAUAGCAGAAGAACCUCCUCAUGCCGGCGAUACGAAUGGCGCCACGCAUCCCCAUCCAGACACAAGCACAGAACAAUCACGAAAAGACAGACCUAUAUCAGGCGUCGUACCGCCAUACUGGCGCCAUCAGAGAGUGCUCUCGCGCGCCUCGCUGGCCUCCUCAGUUGAUACAUACCCGAGUUCGAACCCCGCUAUAACGCUUGAAGAUCACACGGUGGACCCCAAUGCCACAACUACCAGAGGGCUAUGGGCACGCAGCGUGACGAUAGACGAUCAUGUCGUUGUAUCGGGGAAGACGGGGAUAGGCGCCUAUGUUGUUUGGAUGUGUAAUGUGCAAACCUUGGAUGGCGGCCCCAUGAUGAUACCCAUGCGAUACUCCGAAUUCGAUGAGCUCCGCUCCUUACUCGCAACCGCAUUCCCACAUGCAUGCAAUGCAUUACCACCCUUACCUCCAAAGAGCGUGCUCUUCAAAUUCCGACCCAAAUUUCUGGAAUCAAGACGUAUAGGAUUGCAAUACUUUUUGAAUUGUGUGUUGCUGAACCCUGAGUUUUCUGGGUCGCCGGUGUUGAAAGAUUUUUUGUUUGCGCGGGUUAAUUGA